UGGAAUGGCACCAAGCAGAAAUUCUCGCCCAACUCUUUGUCCUUGGGGUGAAGUGGAAACUGCAACCACAGAACCAGAACAGGACCGAGUGGACUUGGAAGAGGUUUCUGUGUAUUUCUCCCAGGCGGAGUGGGCCUUGUUAGAUUCUGAGCAGCGAGGGUUACACCAGGAAAUCAUGGAGGAGAAUUGUCUGAACGUGGCCUAUUUAGAAAAUAACAGAUGCCAAAUGAGGAACAAGAGAGAACCAAAUAAGCUAUUAAUGAGAAGAGGCAAUUGUAAAAUUCUGGAAGAGGAGAAAAGGAUAAUAGACACAAAUCAGGAAUAUAAUAUAGCCGGUGUUUCUGCAGACAGUGACUCCCAUAACAUAGUCCAAGCCAAAAUAGGUAAUAUAAAGGAAAAAUAUAGCUGUCAUGGCUCUAAAGAAGCUUUCUGUUCAAAAUCAAGCCUUAAUCCUUAUUGCAGAAUUGAGACUGGAAAGGAAGCAUAUAAAGACUUGGAGUCUGGCGAGAGCGCCAGUCAAAAGAUGCAUUUUGCUUCUCAGAGAAUUCACACAGAAGAGAAACCAUGUAAAUGCUUGGAAUGUGGAAACAGCUUCAGUCAGAUUAUUGACCUCACUAACCGUGAAAGACUUCACAGAGGGGAUACACCUUACAGAUGUUUGGAAUGCGGAAGGAGCUUCCAAGAAAUCAUGCCGUAUACUAAGCAUCAAAGAGCUCAUGCAGGGAAGAAAUCAUACAAAUGCCUUUUGUGUGGGAAGAGCUUUAGUCGGAGUACUGUGCUUAGGUACCAUCAAAGAAUUCACUCGGGGGACAAGCCCUACAAAUGCUUGGAAUGUGAAAAAUACUUUAAUCAAAAGAGCGACCUCACUAAGCACGAAAGAACUCACACAGGAGAGAAACCGUACAGGUGUCUGCAGUGCGGAAAGAGCUUCAGUCAGAAAAUGCAUUUUACUUCGCACGAAAGAAUCCACACAGGGGAGAGGCCUUAUAAAUGCUUUGAGUGUGGGAAGAGCUUCCGGCAGAAAUCGACUCUCAAUUCUCAUCAGCGAAUUCACACCGGGGAGAAACCCUAUAAAUGUUUGGAAUGUGGGAAGAGUUUCAGUCGGAAUACCGCCCUUGGGUACCAUCAAAGAAUUCACUCGGGGGACAAGCCCUACAAAUGCUUGGAAUGUGAAAAAUGCUUUAAUCAAAAGAGCGACCUCGUCAAGCAUCAGAGAAUCCACACAGGGGAGAAGCCGUAUAAAUGCUUGGAAUGCGGGAAGAGUUUCAGUCAGAAGAUGCAUUUCACGUCCCAUCAAAGGAUUCACACGGGGGAGCGACCGUAUCAAUGCCUGGAGUGUGGGAAAAACUUCCGUCAAAAAUCAACGCUCAAUUCCCAUUGUAGGGUUCAUACAGGAGAAAAACGAUACAAAUGCUUGGAGUGUGGCAAGAGCUUCAAUCAGAAAAAAAACCUCACUCAGCAUCAGAAUGUCCAUUCAAGGACCACAUAUAAGAAAAGCCCUAAAGAAGUAGAAAGAGUUCCUUUAGACUUGCUGGACUUUAGACUCUUGGGGCAUAAAAAAGAGAUGGAGGAACAAGACUUGGCUGGUCCUGAAGAAAAUGAAGGCCCUGGUACCAGACUGGCUGAGUGCAGUGAAGAAUGCUGGGAAAGAACAGGGCAGGAGAUUUUGGAUAAGGACAUGGUCAGCACAGAGGCUCAUCGCCAGCGUUUCAGAGGCUUCUGCUACCAGCAGGUGGAAGGUCCCCGAGAGCUUUGCAGCCGCCUCCACCAUCUUUCCCGCCAGUGGCUGCAGCCAGAGCGACACACCAAGAGCCAGAUGCUGGACCUGGUGAUCCUGGAGCAGCUGCUGGCCGUCCUGCCAGUGGAGAUGUCCAGCUGGGUGCGGGAGUGUGGAGCAGAGAACAGCUCCCAAGCGGUGGCCCUGGCCGAAGGCUUCCUCCUGGAUCAGAUGGAACAGAAGCAGCAGCAGCAGAUAAAUCAUUUGUUUAUAAAAAUGGGAUAUGAUUUCCCUGCAACAGAGGAGGUUCUGCUGGACACCAUAGGGAGUCCCUUGCAAACAGGGAUCCUGCAGGAAGAUGACAGAGGAGUCACCUUGCAAGGGGAUGAAUUGAUGCUGGCAAAAAGUAUAGAGUCCUCUGUUUUUCUCUGCGGUGGAAUAGAAACUGCUGUUGACCCAGAUCAGGAUCUGGCAACUUUUGAAGAGCUGGCAGUGUAUUUCACUGAGGAAGAGUGGGCUCUGUUGGAUCUUGACCAGAAAGCUCUCUAUAAACAAAUUAUGGAAGAGAACUUUGAAAUCAUGACUUCUCUCAGAUAUGACAGAUGUAAAAUGAAAGAACACCCAAUGGGGGCAAAACCAUAUAUGUGCUUGGAGUGCGGAAAGAGUUUUGGUUAUAAGAUAAAUCUUACCUCUCAUCAAAGAAUUCACACGGGGGAAAAACCAUAUAAAUGCUUGGAGUGCGAAAAAACCUUCAGCCAGAGCUCAAGCCUCAUUAAACAUAAACGAAUUCACACCGGGGAGAAACCAUAUAAAUGCAUCGAGUGUGGAAAGAGCUUCAGUCAGAGUUCAAGCCUCACUAAACAUAAGAGAAUUCACACUGGCGAGAAACCCUAUAAAUGCUUGGAGUGUGGAAAGAGCUUUGGGAAGAAGAUAAACCUCACAUCCCAUCAGAGAAUCCACACCGGGGAGAAACCAUAUCAGUGCUUGGAAUGUGGGAAAACCUUUAGCCACAAGAUAAACCUCAUUUCUCAUCAGAGAAUUCACACGGGAGAGAAACCAUAUCAGUGUCGGGAGUGCGGGAAGAGUUUUAGCCAGAAUACGGGCCUGACUAAACACCAAAGAACCCACACAGGGGAGAAACCUUAUAAAUGCUUGGAAUGCGGAAAGACGUUUGGUCAGAAGACAAAUCUCACAACUCACCAAAGAAUCCACACUGGGGAGAAACCGUACACCUGUUUGGUGUGCGGGAAGAGCUUCAGUUACCGGACUGCCCUGACGUAUCACGAAAGGACCCACACCGAGGGGAAGCCAUAUAAAUGCUUAGAAUGCGGAAAGAGCUUCACCCAGAAGAUCCUGCUCAUGAAGCACUAUCGGAUUCAUUCAGAAGAGAAAGUGUUCCCCUAUUUGGGAUGCGACCCUCCGAACCUGUAUCUCGCUGCUCACCAACGCAUGUUCAAAAAGCCGAAACUGCACAAGUGUUUGCAGUGCGGAAAGACUUUUAGCCGGAGUACGGGGCUCCGAAACCACCAGCUCGUUCACGCGGGUGGGAAAGAGUGUACGUGCUUGGUCUGCGGAAAAAGCUUUGGUCACAAAAUCAUCCUCAGUUCUCACGAAAGAAUCCACACGGGGGAGAAACCUUAUAAAUGCUUGGAAUGUGGGAAGUGUUUCAACCAUAAGAAAAACCUCUCUCGGCACCACCGAAUCCACACAGGGGAGAAGCCGUAUACAUGCUCAGAAUGCGGGAAGUGUUUCAGUCAGAAAAUAGACCUCACCAAACAUCAAAGGAUUCACACCGGAGAAAAACCAUAUAAAUGCUUGGAGUGCGGAAAGAGUUUCAGCCAGCGCACAAACCUUUUUCAACAUCAGAGCAUUCACACAGGGGAAAAAUACACCUGCUUGGAAUGUGGUAAAAGCUUCAGUCAUAAGAAAAACCUGACUAGACAUCAAAAAAAUGCACACAAGGGAGAGAUAUAAAGCGGGCAAGCAUCAAUAAACUUUGCUAGGAAGGAAAAUGGCUCAUCAACGAACUUACUCAUAUAGAAAAGCUCAUAUAAAAGCUUGAAAUUUGGGUUCAAAUCAAAUUUUGAUUCUCAGGCAAAUUAAGAGGAAGCAUGCAAUUAUGGGAAGAAUCACACCUUUUACUCACAUUCCCCCAGCAACUGGUAAUCCUUCCUGAUGAGAAUUUUAAUUGCCUGUUGUUAUUGACAUGUGCUGUUAAUUCUCCUUGUCUUGUUCUUCAUGCAUCUCUGUGAAAUGGCAUUCAUGUGAGGAUAAUUAACAUCUUUGGAUAGUGGUUUCCAUACUUUCAGUACAUUACUAAGGAUACGGGCAGACCCUUUUAUUACCUUGGAUUCCAGAAGAACAUUUCAUUCGUCAUUUACUCCACACCACUGUAAUUUUCUCAGCUGCCUGCCUGCUUCCUAAAAACUAAAGAAAUAUUGUAGCCUUUUCUCUUAGGGGAGUGAAGGCUAAAGGCUUUUGAGAAAAGGUGCUAUGGAAAUCUACAGAACAAUCAGUUUUCUCUCCUUAAAUACAAAAACAUAAAGAGAAGAAUUGAGGCACUGCAGAUGAUAGGUCUUCUAGGAACGUACGUGUGUGUGUGUGUGUGUGUGUGUGUGUGUGUAAUCCACACAUUCCUCAAUACUUCAGUAUAUAUUCUUAGAACAAUGUGGAAAAGCAUGGAUUAUCUCUGACAAAUUGUCCUUCAUUGGAAAUUUGUUUUAAAAUGUUGAAAAGCAUUCACAGUUUUUAUUUGGGUUCUUU